AUGACCCGGCCCAUCUAUCUCGCCGCCUUCAAGAACUAUGGCUAUCCCGCACAUUGGGCGAUCUUCGUCCCCAAUCCUCAGGCGGGCAACGUGGGAAAGCUAAUCCAUGUCAUCGGGUCCUCAGUCAAUGGCUUCUUUCUUGAGUUCAAGCGCAACUACGACUUCAGCACAACCCGGAGCGAGUACCAAAUGAUCCAUCUUGCAGAUGUCGAGGAACGUUUCGUUGCUAGGCCAGUAGCUAACGCUCUAAAAGAAACCGACACCACCCCCCGUGAUCGUCUGGAGAUGGCCGCCAAAAUCGUUGUUCCCCCACCUCGCAGUUUAAACCGUUUCGACCCGCCGAAAGAAAAUUGCCAGGGCUGGAUCCAACGCUAUCUCCAGCAGCUCGUCAACGAUGGUUUACUUAACGACAGCGCCCUGCUCGUGAUCCAGAAUGCUCCAAAGACACUGUGA